AUGUCGCACAUCGACUACGCUCUAUACGAAUCGCCCGUGGGCUAUGCCCUCUUCAAGGUGGUGCAUCAGCAGGAUGCCGUGGGCCUGAAAUUGAAGGAGACUCAGGCCGCCACCAACGACCUCGCCAAGUUCGGCAAGAUGGUCAAGCUGGCCAACUUCAGCCCUUUCAGGGGUCACGUCGAGGCUCUUGAGAAUAUUAACCUCGUCACUGAGGGUAUCGUCUCGGACUACCUCAAGUCUGUCCUCGAACUCAACCUCCCCCAGACCAGCGGCAAGAAGACUAAGGUCGUCCUUGGUGUCUCCGAGAAGAACCUUGCUGGCGCGAUCAAGAGCCUCUUCCCCGGCCUCGAGUGCGAGACCGCCGAUACCUCUGACAUCGUCGGCGACGUUAUUCGCGGUAUCCGACUCCACGCCGACAAGCUUCUAGGCGGACUCAAGUACGGCGAUGUUGAGAAGGCCGGUCUGGGUAUGGGCCACGCCUACUCCCGUGCCAAGGUCAAGUUCAGCGUCACCCGCAACGACAACCACAUCAUCCAGGCUAGCGCGACCAUCGACUUCCAGGACAAGGGCGUCAACCAGUUCUUCAUGCGCGUUCGCGAGUGGUACGGAUGGCACUUCCCUGAGCUGAUCAAGAUUGUCUCCGACAACUACACCUACUGCAAGCUUGUUCUGGCCAUUGGCGACAAGAAGAGCUUGAACGAUGACAAGCUCCACGACAUUGCCGCCCUCGUUGGUGAGGACGGUGAGAAGGCCCAGGCCAUCAUUGACGCCGCCAAGGUCUCCAUGGGUCUCGAUAUCUCUGCUGCUGAUCUCGAGAUUGUCCACGGCUUCGCUGAGGCUGUCGUCAAGCAGGCCGACAACCGCAAGUCCACCUCCGCCUACCUCGAGAAGAAGAUGUCCGACAUCGCCCCCAACCUGCAGACCCUCAUUGGCACUCCCGUUGCCGCCCGCCUCAUCUCUCACGCUGGUUCUCUGACCAAUCUCUCCAAGUACCCUGCCUCUACUCUCCAGAUUCUCGGUGCCGAGAAGGCUCUUUUCCGUGCUCUCAAGACCAAGAGCAACACCCCCAAGUACGGUCUCAUCUACCACAGCAGCUUCAUUGGCAAGGCUGGUCCCAAGAACAAGGGUCGCAUCUCUCGAUACCUCGCCAACAAGUGCAGUAUGGCCAGUCGUAUCGACAACUUCUCCGAGGAGCCCUCAACCCGCUUCGGUGAGGCUCUCAAGCAGCAAGUCGAGGACCGAUUAGAGUUCUACGCCACUGGCAAGAAGCCCGCCAAGAACACCGAUGUCAUGAAGGGUGUUAUGGACCUCCUCGACGACGGUGACAAUGCUGGCUCCGACGAGGAGAUGGCUGACGCUCCUGAGCCCGAGACCAAGAAGUCCAAGAAAGACAAGAAGGAGAAGAAGGAAAAGAAAGAGAAGAAGGACAAGAAGGAGAAGCGCAAGAGGGAUGAGGAGGAUGCCGAGCCCGUAAAGGACGAUGGCGAGAAGAAAAAGAAGAAGAAGAGAAAGUCCAAGGCUGCGGAUGACGAGUAG